UGUAUUUGAGCUCUGUUAGUUUUAGCAUGUUCUUGCAAUUUUCUGUUACUGUUUUAUCCUAAAGACAAACUUAGCUUUUUGUGUGUGUGUGUGUGUGUGUGUAAGUUUUAACAUAGAUGGCCUUAAAGUGUUAGAACAAUUAUCACUUUGAGGUCGAUAGUACAGUGUACAAUGUUAAAACUUGGUUUAAGCGCUGAAUAGGAUGAUACGCAUUCAUUUCUUUUAGAGCGGAUUUACUAUUUUAUUCAACAUGCAUUUAAAGUAACGUUAUUUUCUCGUUGAAUGUGUCUGAGGUCAUCCAAGUUUCAGAACCACAAGCAUGGACAGCACCAGGACUGUCUGUUCUUCUUAACCUCUGAAUGUAUGACAAUUUUCAAUUCCUUUCCUAUAUUUAUGUUUAUGAAAUUUAUAUUUUAAAAUAAUUCACGUUAACAAACAUCAAAUUUCACUUGGUUAAUCCCUGCUGUUUUUUCAACAAAUAAAUGUCAGAUGCAAUGACCCCUAAAUACUCAGAGUGUCGCUAUUCACUAAGACUGCUGCGUCUCUCCUCCCACACGUAAUAUAUUUGUGAGAUCUGUCUGUUAGAAUAAACGAAGCAUAACAUGGAGUAAACGUCCGUCGAUCCUGUGAGAGUUAUUUGAAUAUCAUCGUCAAAGGAUUGUUUGUUAAUCAGUUGCAACAUCCGGUCUUCAGAAAUGGAACACAAAUUGUUUGCAGUUCAUUUCUUUGCGUUUUUCGUGGCUUUUCUUCUGUUUCCCCUGAAAGCCGUCUGUUCAGAUCUGAGCUACAGCUUUCCGGAAGAAACGAAGCGCCAGUAUGUUAUUGGAAAUAUAGCCAAGGAUCUCGGGAUGGACGUGAAACAAUUGUCUGCUCGUAAGUCUCGGAUAGACACGGAGGACAGCAGCAAACGGUACUGUGAUGUUAAUUUGAAUACUGGUGAUUUAAUCGUUGCAGAGACAAUAGACCGAGAGGAGCUUUGUGGAUCUCGAAUGUCCUGCAUUCUGAGUUAUGAGCUCGUCCUGGAAAACCCUCUUGAAGUGCACCGUAUAAUUCUACAAAUUCAGGAUAUAAAUGACAAUGCACCACGAUUUCCAAAUGACCGUUUUAAUUUCGAAAUCAGAGAAUCAGCAUAUAAAGGUCAGCGACUACGUUUGCAUGAGGCACAUGAUUCAGAUAUUGGGUACAAUGCAGUCAAUAGCUAUUCACUGGAGAGAAACGACCAUUUUGUUUUGAAUGUUCAUGAUACUGCAGAUGGAGGAAAAUACGCUGAACUAGUGUUGGAAAAGGAGUUGGAUCGUGAGCAGCAGAAGGAGAUAGAUAUGAUACUCACAGCCACUGAUGGUGGUUCACCACAGAGAUCUGGAACUGCUGUCAUACACAUCACUGUUCUCGAUGCUAAUGAUAAUGUGCCAGUGUUUAGUGAGUCUGUUUAUAAAGUCACUGUGGCUGAAAAUACACCUUCAGGAACAGAGAUAAUCAAAGUGAGCGCCACUGAUGCUGAUGAAGGUCCAAACGGGGAAGUGACAUAUGAAUUCAGCAGAAUGUCAGAUAAAACUGCUAAAUUGUUUUUUAUUAAUAAGGCAACAGGACAAAUUGUGGUGAUCGGAGAAAUUGAUUAUGAAAGUGAAAGAAAAUAUGAAAUAGGAAUUCAUGCUCAAGAUGCCUCUGGAUUAGCAUCAACAGCAAAAGUUAUUAUAGAUAUAACUGAUGUUAAUGAUAAUCCACCUAGAAUCAUCCUUAAAUCUUUGAAUAAUCCAGUAGCUGAAAACUCUGAGCCAGGCACCGAGGUGGGAAUCAUUAAUGUUCAAGACAAAGAUUCAGGAGAAAAUCGGCAGAUUCGUUGCUCUGUUCAGCAAAAUGUUCCUUUCAAACUGAACCCAUCUGUUAAAAACUAUUUCUCUCUGAUUACUACAAAAGCUCUAGACAGAGAGAAAGAAUCUGAUUAUAAUAUUACCAUCACAGCCACAGAUGGGGGAUCUCCACCACUAUCCACCUCCAUGACAAUUAAUUUAUUUGUCUCAGAUGUGAAUGACAAUCCUCCUGUGUUUGAACAGCAGUCCUACAGCACUUACAUAAGUGAAAAUAACAAACCAGGAACUUCUGUUUGUUCUGUCAGUGCAAAUGACCCAGACUGGAGACAGAACGGGACUGUACUGUACUCUCUGGCUCCCAGUGAAGUCAAUGGGGUCCCGGUGUCCUCAUUUCUAUCUAUUAAUGGAGAUACAGGGGUGAUUCAUGCUGUAAGAUCAUUUGACUAUGAGCAGUUCAGAAACUUCACUGUCAAAGUUGUUGCCAGAGACAAUGGAUCUCCACCGCUCAGCAGUAACGUGACUGUGAAAGUCUUCAUAACAGAUGAGAAUGAUAACUCUCCACAGAUAUUAUACCCUGUCCCCGAUGGAAAGUCUUUAAUGACUGAAAUGAUCCCUAAAGUGUCUCUCUCAGGCUCUCUGGUGUCCAAGGUGAUCGCUGUAGAUGCUGACUCUGGACAGAAUGCAUGGCUGUCCUAUCAGAUUGUCAAAUCUACUGAUCCUGGACUUUUCUCCAUUGGUCUCCACAGUGGAGAGAUCAAAACACAACGAGACAUUUCUGAAUCUGACAAUAUGAAGCAGAACCUUAUUAUUUCAGUGAAGGAUAACGGACAGACCUCUCUGUCCACCACCUGUGCUGUAAAUUUACUAAUUUCUGACAACCUUUCUGAAGUUCCUGAACUUAAAGAUAUGACUUAUGAGGACAACAACUCUGAACUGACAUCAUAUUUGAUCAUUGCAUUAGUUUCUGUGUCCACCUUCUUCCUGACGUUCAUCAUUCUGAUCGUGGCAGUGAAGUUUUGUCACAGGAGAAAGCCCAGACUGUUGUUUGAUGGAGCAGUUGCUGUUCCCAGUGCCUAUCUCCCUCCCAACUAUGCAGAGGUGGAUGGAGCAGGAACUCUCCGCAGCUCUUACAAUUAUGACGCGUAUCUAACCACAGGCUCGCGCACCAGUGACUUUAAGUUUGUGAGUUCGUGUAAUGAAAACACGCUUCCUGCUGGUGGGACUCUGAAAAAGGAGCGCAGUUUUCAUUUUGGUUCGAGCAUGAUAACACUUGACGUUACAGGAAAUGAAGAUGAGUUAAAGCGGAAUAUAAAGAAAGAAGAAAAGAAAGCAAAACAAUGAGGAAAUUAAGGCAGCGGACUGAAAAUAGCUCUUUCCUUAAAAAAUCUUGUUGCCAUAUCACAGUAAAAUAACAAGCAAUGCGUUAUUCUCCUGACACCUGGAAAUAGAAUAUGGAGGAAAAAACCACAGCUGGCGCAGUUCAACUGACGGAUAAGAAAUAUUUGUAUUGCAGCCUUAUGAUUUAAAAUGGUUUGUUUCCGUCUUUUUGAGUGUAACGUGCCCAAACCUGAAGCAUCUUUCAUAAUUUUAAACGCAAUAUGUUCGCUAUAAAAAAAAGUUGAAUAGUGAAAAUGUAUUUAAAUGGCCCAGAAUAGGACUUUGGCUAGUUUUUAGUCUCGUAAAAUUGCAUGAUUUUGGCACACUAUUAUUUAUUUAUAAUAUGAUGGAACGAAAAUUUGCUUUGAUAAAUUUGGCACAGAAUAUAUAGGUUUAUUGUUGAGGUAAUACUCUGUCAUUUGUCCACCUUUUCUUUAUUAUUGUUACAUGUCAAAUGUUUAUUAUUGUUAAAUGUAACUAAAGUCUUUAGUUGCUAUAGUUAUAAUAUCCACUACUUUUCUAAACCAUUGUAGGGUUGUUAUUUUAAUCUCUUUUAUCUUCACUAACAGUUCGGGAUAUAUCAUUUUUUUUUUUAUCUAUUUAUUGGUUGAAGUUGAGAGUUUAAGUUUGAUUUAUGUAUAUAAUCAGAUUUACUUCAGCAUUUUCUUACAUUCUCUGUCUAUAAGGUUUGUUUAGUUUCAGAACCACAGGCAUGGACAGCGCCAGUUAUGACUGUUGUACUGAGGCUCUAAGAAUGUCACCCUUUCAGUUAAUCUAUAAUAUAAAUUUUUUUCUGAAAUAAACAAUUAUUUCUCAAUGCAAAUCUCUUAAAUCCUUCACAUUUUAACUUAUGCCCGAAGUAUAAAAAAAAAAAAAAAAAAAAAAAAAA